GAAAAGGCCAAAAGAAACAGCAAAACACGUAAACCCCCCCGCCCCGGAAAGCAAAAAAUUCACAUAAAAUCCAUCCCCCCAUCUCUUCACACAGGGGAGAAGAUAACGGGAGCUUCAACCAGAGCAAGAAGCUCCGCCCCCGUCUUCCUCUUUCCCUCUCCUAUCCAUCCGUCCCGCCCGCCCCCUCUUUUCUUCUCUCAGCAUGGUUCCGAGCCGAGCCGCUGCCCCCCCCGACGAAGUCCCGGAACUCGCCGGAUCGGCCCCGAAGACCCACCACCAGCACCUCGGAGCCAGCGAGCCCAAGUACAGGGGCGUGCGGAGGCGGCGGUGGGGCAAGUACACCGCCGAGAUCAGCGACCCGGUCAAGAAGGCCCGCGUCUGGCUUGGCACCUUCGCCUCCGCCGAGGAGGCCGCCCGCGCCUACGACCUCGCCGCCGUCCGGUUCCGCGGCGCCAAGGCCAAGACCAACUUCCCCAUCUCCCUCUACGACUGCGACGAUGCCCAACCCCCGGCCCCGGCCCGGAUCCGCCGCCACGCCGGGCUCCGGGAGGACCCCCAGCAGCAGAGCAGUCGGGCCUUCCAGCAGAGGCCGACCUGCAGCAGCCUGAGCAGCACCGUGGAGUCGUUCAGCGGGCCUCGGCCCCCGCCCUCCGCCGCGGCGGCGCCUCCGGCCGAGAAGAGGUACCGGAGGUCGCCGCCCGUGGAGCCGGAGGACUGCCAGAGCGACUGCGAUUCGUCGUCGUCGGUGGUGGACGAUUGCGGAGGGGGUGUCGAGGAGGGGUCGUCCUCGACGUCGUGGUUUAGGAGGAGGACGCCUCUGCCUUUCGAUCUGAAUCUGCCGCCGUCGGGUGGGGUCGACCUCAACGGCGAAGAUCUGCGGUUAUGCCUGUGAGUCGUUGGCGGCCGUCAAGAACAUCAAAAGCCUUGCCUUGAAUUAUUUUUUAUUUUUUAUUUCCUUUCGAUAUUCUGGUUGUAUUCUCAUUGCCGAAAUGGGAAAGAGAGAUGGAACGAAAAACAUGAGGUGGGUUUACGAUUAAGAUGAAAUGAAAAGAGUUAAGUCCGUAUUCCUGGGCGAUUUGUGCUUGAACAUCGACUGGUUCCUAUGAAUAUGGUGAUUUCUCGUUA